AUGGAGUACACAUACCUCAACACGUCGGGUAAACCCUGGACAAGCGACUCACUGCAGCAAAAAGUCUGCGAUCGAGUUGCUGCAGUGAGCAAGACCAGCUCAAAGUCCACAAUCUCCGAUACCAUCGUCGUCACACACUCGAUGGGGAAUUUGAUGCUGGCGGGAGCGAUCGCGAAUGGGAAGUGUAAAACUGGACCCGAGUUCAACGUGGGUGGGGAUCGCAGGUCCCAUGAAGGGGAAGAGAGCUACACAGGUAUGGUAUCGCUGUACCAGUCGGUCUUCUGGAUGCUCGGCAAGGCUGUUCCUCACAAGUCGGAGAGGAAUGACGGCAUGGUCGAGUUCGACAGCUGCGCUGCGGGGUUCCCGGAGUCGAAAUUUGGCGCCAACUACCGUGAUCGGUUCUACAAGACGAGGUUGAACCACUUCGACAUGGAAUUUGUGGGCGGCGAUGCGCUGCUGGAUGAGUCAAAGAUGCCGGUGAAGUGGUUCGAGUGUCUUCUGUAG